AGUCCCAGCCGGUGAAUCCUGCGUCGGCUCUUGCCUCAGCUGAACCUCCGUAGAGCGUCUCUCUGUGGUAGCUGAUAGCAUCAUGGCGAACGUUGCGGACACUAAGCUAUAUGAUAUCCUUGGAGUUUCACCAUCUGCCUCUGAAAAUGAACUGAAAAAGGCCUAUCGUAAGUUGGCCAAAGAGUACCAUCCAGACAAGAACCCUGAUGCUGGAGACAAGUUUAAAGAGAUCAGUUUUGCAUAUGAGGUACUGACAAAUCCAGAAAAGAAGGAACUUUAUGAUCGCUAUGGAGAACAGGGGCUACGGGAGGGAGGAGGUGGAGGACCUGGCAUGGAUGAUAUCUUCUCUCACAUUUUUGGCGGAGGCCUGUUUGGGUUCAUGGGGGGCCAGGGUAGAGGGCGCAAUGGAGGCAGAAGGAGAGGAGAUGAUAUGGUUCAUCCACUGAAAGUUUCUCUUGAAGACCUCUACAAUGGAAAAACUACCAAACUGCAGCUCAGUAAGAAUGUGCUCUGUGGUGCAUGCAAUGGUCAGGGGGGCAAAGCUGGAGCAGUGCAGAAGUGUGUGGCUUGCAGAGGACGAGGCAUGAGAAUCAUGAUUAGACAGCUGGCCCCUGGGAUGGUCCAACAGAUGCAGUCAGUCUGCACAGACUGCAAUGGAGAGGGUGAGGUGAUUAAUGAGAAGGACCGCUGCAGAAAGUGUGAAGGUCAUAAGGUGUGUAAGGAGACUAAGCUUCUUGAGGUGCAUGUGGAUAAAGGCAUGAAACAUGGACAGAAGAUCACAUUCUCUGGGGAAGCUGACCAAGCACCAGGCAUUGAACCAGGAGAUAUAGUCCUGGUGCUGCAAGAGAAAGAACACGAGGAAUUUCGGCGUGAUGGCAGUGACCUUCACAUGGUCCAGCGUAUUGGCCUGGUUGAGGCUCUAUGUGGUUUCCAGAUGACAGUUGCACACCUUGAUGGACGUCAGUUGCUUGUCAAAUACCCACCUGGCAAGGUCAUUGAGCCAGGCUGUAUCCGCAUGGUGAAGGGAGAGGGAAUGCCUCAGUACAGAAACCCAUUUGAGAAGGGAGACCUUUACAUCAAGUUUGAUGUCCAGUUCCCUGAGAACAACUGGAUUAGCCCUGAAAAACUGAAUGAACUGGAGUGCUUGCUGCCUGCUCGUGCUGAUAAUCCUGUUAUUGCAGCAGAUGCAGAGGAAGUCGACCUGACAGAUUUUGACAGGAGUCAAGGCUCAGGAGGUGGAGCCAGAAGAGAGGCCUACAAUGAUAGUUCUGAUGAGGAAGGGGGUCAUCAUGGCCCAGGUGUGCAGUGCGCACACCAAUAGAAAGACUCAUUCAUAAAGACACACAUAUAAAUGCAUAUACAUAUGAACAUCUUUUGAGUCUCAUUGCUGACAUCAUUCAAGACUUGACGCACAUACAUGCAUAUUUCUCUCCUUUCAUGAUUACUGUGAAAGGGAGAUACACAAAGAUACAUACACAUCUCUCCACCCUCCUCAGUUCCAUGGUGCCCAUAAUUCAGAGAAAUGCUGGACGAGUGAUGACCGUUUUAUGUUUAUGGACAGUAGUGCUCAUCAAAGCCUCCAGCAGGAAGGUGGUCCCCUUCUCAGAGGUUCACUGACUGAACGUGACUUGAACCUCCCUGUUUCAUCCUAGGCUUUUACCUUUCACUGUGGGAAACACCAGUCUAGUGUAUAAAAUGCAAAUACUGUUGACUAUCUUGUAUAAGGUGUAGUUUAGUCUAUCACACACAAGCGCAUGCUGCUUUUGCUGAAGAUCUUGCACAUGUAGAUGCGGAGUCUGGAGGUUAGGACAAAACAGAGAAGUCUGACACCACGUCUCUACUUCUCAGUGUGUUACUACUUACAAAGUGCCCUGCAGUUGUUAGAGCUGACCUGAUUACAGAAAUAAAAAUGUCCUCUGCACAGCAGGCUGAGAAUCGCACAUUUUAAUAACGCACCUCAUCCUUUAAGGUAAAGGUUUGAAAAUGGGAUUUGCAGGUUCUGUUCAGUCGCCAGCUGUCACAUUGCUAAAAUAUUAAAGCCCUCCGUAUAGCACCUGUCAGCCUGCACAAUGUUUUCAUAGUUUUAAAUUAAAGCUUUGGUUUUGUCUUUGUUGGUUUGAAUGUUAAUGUGUUUGAGACCGCAGAACUUGAACUUCAGUUGUAUACUCAUAAUUUGAGUUGUUAACAAACUUGUGUACUUUGUAUGUUUGCUUGUAAUGCAGUAGCUCACUGUCCCUGAGCUGCUGUGGAAUGUUCUGGCCUGUUAGCGUGAUAGGUGUUCCUGCUUUGUGUUGGACUGCAGUGUGAUUGGACAUUAUAUACAGUCAAUCAAAGAGCAAUGAAGUGAAUGUUUAUUUGCAGAGGUCCCCUCCCAUGUAGACUUUCACCCUCCACUCGCCAGGGCCAAGAGAUCCCCUUCUCUUGCAGGAAUACCACUGGGCGCACCCCAACCUCCCUGUAUUAUACACAUCUACCUUUUGUCAAGUUGUUAGCCAAAAUGUCCUUUGACAUGUUAAUAAUCCCAUUCCCAUAGACCUGUAAAUACAGCCCUCGUCCAUUGGUGCACUCAAAUUAUACAGCAGUGUCCGUCUUGUAGUCACAUGAUCAACAUGGCCAACAAUUCUGAUAACGUGAAGGAGAGUUCAUGGAAACUCUGUAGACCAUUGACACGCACCUUUGUGACUCAUUGUGUAUGUAAUUUAGUCCACAGGGGUAUAACGUGUACACAACCAAGGGGAUGAUUGAUAAAUUACAUUAAUGUUAAUGCUUUUGUUUGUCAGGAUAAUUAAAAUGUACAAUAAACAGUCACCAUAAGUU